GCCGGAGAGGUCGUUUUGACAUUUUUUUUUUUCACGCACAAUUCGUCCAGGUGCCCACGUUGUUAUAUAUAAUUCAUAUAAAGUUGUUCGUGACAUAUUAAUAUAGCUGUAGUAUAUAUAGUAUGUGCAUUUAAAUCUACAAGUGAUGCCGUUACUCCGAAGUUAAUAAAGUUUGAGCUUAUUAUAGUUGUGUACAUACGCAACGUAAAUAGGUACAAUUCUCUCGUUCGAACGAAAACGCAUUGGCGUUACUCUCCUCCUGGAAUAUUAUUGAAAAAGUAGUGUGUUACAAUUAUUUUUAUGCCGUCGAUUAAAUUAUCAACCACCCGAGUUACAAGAAUUGCCUGCGCAUAGGCAUUGUCGUUUAAAAGUAUAAAACAUAAUUGUCUAGCCAGUAGGUGAACCUUACGAAACCUUUUGACGGAUCAAAACUAACUGAAAUAAAAAUGAAAUCCAUCGCCGCCGUUGUGUGUACUCUUCUUCUAGUCUCUACAUUAAUAUCAGCUGCUCCAUCUUACAUGGACUACGAGAACGCCAAAGAUCUGUACGAACUUCUGUUGCAAAGGGAUCUAAUAGACUCCAUGGGAAACUCUUUGAUCGAUCCCAAUCAACAUCGCAUGGUCCGCAAAAACCAGAGAUCUCCGUCGCUGAGGUUAAGGUUCGGACGCCGAAGCGAUCCGGCGCUCUACCAGAACGCCUUGAAUGCAGAAUACCACAACGACUCCGAUGUGAAUUAAAUGCGCCCUUCAUCAGAAGUUAUAUUAUACUCUUCUUAUUUAAAAUCAUUCGCUUCGUUGUAAAACCCUUAAUUUGUUUAUAUUUUACAUUCUCACUAGUGCUUUUUCAAUCAAAUUGUACCUUUAGCAUGCAUUUUAGCGAUUACAGAUUUUUUUUAACGUAGUUGGUUGUAUUCCAUUUUAGUUCUAAGGUAAAUUUUACAUUCCCUAGAAAAAUGUAUUUAUUUACUCCGCAGGUUAGCAUUACUCUUAAAAUAUAUAUGUCAAAAUAACAGUCAUCAUUUAUUUUGUUAAUACUUCAAUAGUAACAUUAUUAGGUAUGAUUCUUGUUAUAAUUCUUAUUACAAUUAAUAACCUACUCUACUUAUACCUGUACUCUAAACCGAUAUUUAAAAAAAAAAAACGUAGGUUGAGCCUUAUGUGAAUUUCCGAGCAAUAUUUUUUUCUCAGAUGCUACUCUACCUAUUCUACUGCAGAUACGCUACUACCCAUUCUACCGCAGAAUUAAAAAAAAAAUAAAACUUUAUAUAGGUAUUAAUUAAUAAUGAUGAUAAUAAGUACUCUAUAAGGUACUAUAGGUACCUACUAACUAAUAAUAAAUAACGUGGUUAUGGAAAUUCACGUACGGUUUUUGGAGUGAAUAAUGUUUAUAAAACGAGUAUAACAUAAUAUUUAAACUUAUAACUAUUAAAGAAAUAUUACAUUUUAUUGAAA